UUUUGGCGCAGUGUCGUUUGAUGUGAGUGGCGUGUGGUAUUGCGAUGCGAACCACGUGUACACCCUACCAAACGGCCACGAGAUAUGGGUUGGCGGAAUUCUGGCCAGAGACGCGAACGACAAGGAAGCUGGCACUUAUGGGCAGAAAAGAUUCUUUGAUAACGUUCUAAACUGUACUUCAAAUAUUGAAAUAGCAGACAGCGCAGUAGAG